CAGUAUAGAGGAUGCUGGAUGACGGUGAUGCGCACUGAAGCUGCUGCUGCUUCUCCGACAGGACUCACAUGAGGAUAGAUGGAGUUUUUGCGUAACGCUAAAGCGAUGGGUUUCCCUGCUCUUAACCACCUUUUUGGUAUGCUGUUAAAUUCCGGAAGACGGACAUUACAUCUAAGGAGCUGAUCCCCCCCUCCCACCUAAAAUUCACACAGACUGUUGACUUGUUUUCAACAUCGCAGAGAGGAUUCACGACCCUGGACAUUGUGGUACGUAAAAUCUGUUUGAAAUGUCCGACUUCCACAACCGGAGCCAAAUCAGCGCACGUCGCAGUGACUACGUGUGGCAGUACGAAUAUUAUGACGACGAGGAGCCAGUGUCUUUUGAGGGUCUCAAAGCGCACAGAUACUCCAUCGUCAUCGGCUUCUGGGUUGGACUUGCUGUGUUUGUCAUUUUCAUGUUCUUUGUUCUUACGCUGCUCACAAAGACAGGAGCGCCGCAUCAAGAAAACCCAGACUCUGCUGAAAAACGCCAUCGACCGGGGAGCUGUCUGGUAGACAUUGAUGGUGCCCAGGAUGAAAAUGACAAAGCCUUCUCUCGUCCGUUACUAGCAGAGUCCCGCUCAUAUUUCCAUUUCUACAUCAAUGAGGAGGACCAGGGUCAGGGAAAGCAAAAACCAGAAGACAAGCUAACUGGAAAGAAUGCCGGGGCCCGAGCCCAACAGGGGACCUGCAACCGACCUAGAGGUAUCAGCUCCUCGGUGAUGGACGAGAUGGAUGAGGAUGUUGAGGAAGCUGGUGGACACCAACCUCUUAAGGGAUUACUAGAGGAGAGUAAGACAGACAGAGAAUGUGCCUUCUUUUCCCACUUUAACAUCCCUAACUUUGUGAACUUGGAGCACAGUUCAACACUCGGAGAGGAUGAUCUACUGUAUGAGCCGUCCGUCGUACUGGAGCGCCAGUCUCGCUCUCAGGAUGCUCACAGUGACAUCCACUAAGGCUGUUUCUACAAAGAUAGAUCAAAGGCAUGGACCUACUAUAUUGUAAUAUUAAUACAGUAAUAUACCUGACAGGGAAAUAUACUGACCUGCCACACUUCUACCUGGAGUGUUUCGAAGCUUUUCAACAAGCAUACAUUCAGAUCGACAAGCAAGAGAUCACAAAAGAUUAUCCUUAACUGCAUAUCAAUUCCUGAUCAUUAAACUGGCUCGUGUGGUGGUGUCUUUUACUUCCUCCUCUGAACUGGCUGGGACUACAUGGCUUUCCGCACAGAAGAACGAGAGGGCAGUGGAGUCACCAAGGAUAAAUGCUUUGUAUAAUUCAUACUGCUAUUAUUGCUGUCUUUUGUGUCUUGUUCAAUUAUGGGCAGUGCACAUUAUCUCUCUAACAGGACACAAAUGCCAGUUGGUAUACCAACAACAUUAGAAGGAUGAAUGGAAUUAUUUUUGUUUUAAAAUAAAAAUGCCCUCUAUUUGAAAAGGUGAAGUGUACAUUAAUAAGUAGCACAAAAUAGACAUAUUUUAUGAGGUGGAUAACCUGAGACCUUGGAUGACAAUGUGAUAUAAUACUUUUGUAGACUCUCUUAGAUUGAAAAGGAUUUUGAUUGUCCAAAUAAAGCCUAAAUGGCUUUAUAAUUGAAAAUAGUGGUGUGGUGAAACAUUUCUUAACAUUACACAGUAUUUAUGAAAUAAGAUCACUCUCAGCUUUACAGUUUUGUCAAGCUUUGUCAGAUGUAAUAACAAUAAAUAACUUGAAAUUG